AUAGUAAAAGCAGCAGUAAGCAACUAGACGCGGGAGGAGGAUGAUGCUCGCGUGUCGCGGCUCAACACCGCAGUGAGUGCAGUGAUGAUAUGUUGUGUUAGUUGAUGAAGUGCCCAGUGUAAACUAAACAGCCCUUAUGGCGACACCGGACUACAGCCCGCACCUGAAACGCGUGCUUCGCUCGUACCAAACUGCAGCAAUGACCAGUCUGCAUGGUCCAGGACCUAACUCUUACCUCACUGACACGGCCCUCAAUAAAAAGUUAGCGGAGUAUGAUGAGGAACCUCCUUCCAUCAAACUGCUGGAUGCUCACACUAAACAUGAGAUCUACAAAGAGCUCAGUUUCAAGAAGGCUCUCCUCUACGAGGACUCACGCAAAAACAAAACUGUGGACAAAUGUCUGAGGUGUGUGGAUGAUAGCGAUUGUAGGCGGGCUUCUACACCCACUCCGCCCACCACCCACACGCCCACCACUCAGAUCACCACCUUUACGCCCACUUCUCCCACCAGGGAGCCUCGCCUGCCAGAUGUCAAAGACGUUCCUGUAGAUACCCCCAGCACUGCCAUCAGUUCUCCCACUGCCAAUGUCCGGAGCACCAGCAGCGAUACUUGCAGCGCCACCAAAUGCGCCAACACCACCACCAGCAGCACCUCCAGCAGUAGCGGUUGUGUUGGAGGAUCGUGGGUGGAGCCUGGGGUGUUCUUAGCCCCAGCUCCCUUUCCACCACAGCCCUGGCCAGUGCUUGCUGCUGCCGACAAAGGCUCCCCUGGGGCGGGACCCACACGGGAGGAGACUUUACUCGACGGGGAGCCUAUCGCCUGCUUCAACGUGGGCGGGGAGAAGCGUUUGUGCCUGCCACAGAUCCUGAACACGGUGUUGCGAGAGUUCUCCUUGGGACAGAUCAACUCCGUGUGUGAUGAACUGCGGAUCUACUGCUCUCGUUGUACUCCCUCCCAGCUGGACGCCCUGCGUGUUGCGGGCGUCCUGCCACACACUGCCAGGUCCUGUGGACUCAUUACCAACACGGACGCCCAGAGACUGACCCAAGCCCUGCUGCACGCCCACCCUACCCGUGCACCCGCCCCGGCUCCGUCACAGCCGCAAGAACACCCACACCUACGUGUGUACCACACCUGCUUCGGCAAGUGUAAAGGUUUGGUAUGGGAUGAGCUGUACACGAGUGCUGGUGCAGCGUGUAUUGAGUGUGAGGAGUGCCAUGGGCUCCUUCCUCCAGCCCGCUUCGUCUGCCACGCCCACAGAGCACUAGAGAACCAGACUAUUCACUGGGGCUUCGAAGCUGAACAGUGGCGCACCUAUCUCCUACUAGCCAAGGAUCAGCACCUGCCUCUAGAGAAGGCCGAGGCACAACUUAAAACCUUUAAAAAUAAAUUUGAUCCAUCUGGUGCCAAUUACAAGCGCAAACAGGUUGAAGCGUGUCUGCCCAAGAUAGCGCACCAGGGACAUGGCGCCCUGUUUACGAUGGCGGACACGGUUCUGGCAGGUUUGGCUGUUAUUACGUAUUACUCAGUACAAUCCCUCAUCCUGGCGAGGAGCUCUUGAGUCCCUCUUC